CUUUUCGUUCUUUCUUCGCGUGUGUGUGGGCCACUCAAAAACCCAAUGCUGACAACGUUCUGCAAUGAAAAUUUUGUAAAACCAUUAUUUACACCCGGAAAAAUCGAUUCAAAUUGCUGCCAAUGAACAUGAUGCUCGGCGAGGCUGCGGCCGUGGUCCUGGGAGACCUCCACGACCAGCAUCACCAGUUUGAGGAAACAGACCCGCUGUACUGCUACGUUUGCAACGUGGCCAUCUCGAGCGCUGCCGACGAAUCGAUUGGCCAACUCUGCCAACUGUUCCCGAUCAUAACGGACGAGGAAGAUGAAGCGCUCAGUCCUGCGCACAUCCUCUCGAAUCUGCUGCAGAUCGACAUCACGCCGGAGCUGUCCCACUCGCAGGCCAUCUGUCUGCAGUGCAAUCUGCUGUGCAACGAGUACCAACACCUGCUGGACCGUCUCGACUCGAUCAAGUUGCAGUUGACCGUUAGCUACAACAGUACUGUGGCGAAACUGACCGCCAGUUUGACGGCCAAAGAUCUGGUCGACGCGGAGGCGGAAGCGCUGGACGACGACGUUUCGCAGGGCUUGGAGCUUGCGGACCCAAAUGCGGACAUUAUCACCCUCGGAGAUUUGACCGCUGUCGUUCCGGCCUCAUCGGAGGUGACGGACAUGGAUUCCGAACCAACCAUCAUCCGCCAAAUGCCCAAGUUACACUUCAUACCACGGCCAACGGAGUGCAGCUCGCCAACCAGAAACAGCAACUCCAGGUCCAUCAUCAAGAUGGUCCCAAAGGACGUCGAAACCGCCACCACGGACGUCUUCAUCAAGUCCGAGAUCUGCGAAAUCCCGUCAACCAUUACGAUGGAGCAGUUCUUCGAGGGUAGCGACGGCAACAUGGUGGAGAUCAUCGCCGACGAGGGCGAUCCGGAUUACAUCUACGACAACGUGAUCGAAACCAUCGGCGGAGGAUCCGGCGGCGGGGAGGCCGACGAAGACCCGGGUGGAAGUGACGGGGCGGAAGAAAUCGGGACCACUACCAUUUUGACGCAGGACGCCGAUGGAAACGCGCUCGAGCUGACGAGUUGUUUGGCCAAGGACACCCAGCUACUGGCGGCAGGCGGGAGCACGCAUCGAAGGCUGGAGGAGGACGACGGGGAUGUUGCGGACGUGUUGAUUGCGGCUGCGAACGAGAGUUUGGAUCGGAUGGUGAAGUCGAAGCUGGAGUCGCUCUUUUUCAAAACCAACGACAACUACUACUGCACGCUCUGUCCCGCCAGCGACGGUCCGCCGGCGGCCCACAAUGUCAAAACCAUCGGAAUCCACCUGAAAACGGAUCACGACGAAAAGAUCCUGAUCUGCGAGCGCUGCGAUGCGGUCUUCCGGCGACGCACCCAGUACAACGAGCACAUGGACAAGCACGUGGCAUCGGAGCUCGGGUCGGACUUUCGAUGCGACGUCUGUGGGACGGAGUUUGCAAACAUCCGGACGCUGCGGAUGCACCGUAAGACGCACGUGGCCACGCCCAAGGUUUGGUCAUGCCACGUGUGCCAGAAGAAGUACAGCAGUAAAAAUCUGCUAGACGAGCACAGCAACAUGCACUCUGGGAAGCGUCCGUUCAAGUGUCCUGUUUGUCCGAAGGACUUCGCCUCCAAGUACACGCUGUCCGCUCACAUGAAGAUCCACCAGGACCGGGAGCGGGUGUUCAACUGCAAAGAGUGCGGCCGUGGCUUCUACAGCCAACAUAAUCUAAUUCAGCACGAAAAGAUCCACCUCGGAGUGAGGGAUUAUGCGUGCACAGAUUGCAACAAAACGUUCAUGUCGCAGCACAACCUGGACAUUCACAAGAUCGUUCACCUCAACUACAAACCGUUCAUCUGCCGUACGUGUGGGAAGGGUUUUGCGCGGAAGGCGGAAAUUAAGGACCACGAACGGACGCACACCGGCGAGCGUCCGUUUGUCUGUGAUAUCUGCGACGCGAGUUUCUCGCAGCGGUCCAACCUGCAGUCGCACAAGCGAGCAACGCACUUCAACGAUAAGCGGUACAAGUGUGACCUCUGCAACCGGUGCUUCAAGCGGCGCCGUCUGCUCGAUUACCACAUCAAGGCGUGUCACACCGGCGAACGGCCGUACAAGUGCGAAGUUUGCGCGGCGACCUUCGUCUACCCGGAACACUUUAAAAAGCACCAGAAGAUCCACACCGGCUCGAAACCGUUCGCCUGCGAAGUGUGCAGCAAGACGUUCAACAGCCGGGACAACCGGAACGCGCACCGUUUUGUCCACAGCGACAAGAAACCGUACGAGUGCGUGACCUGCGGGGCCGGAUUCAUGCGCAAACCGCAACUGUACUCGCACAUGCAGCAGCGGGGCCACCUGAACGAUACGAUCGUCGUGAACCAGCCGCGCAUUACGAACGACGACUUGCUCGAGUUUGACACGACGACCGAUUCCAUCGGCGAUCCGCUCGAGCUGGACAAGCAGGGAAUCGUCUACGAGGAAGAUCCGGACGAGCUGGAGGGCGCGCGGGAUGAGUACUACAUCGAGGAGGAGGAAAUGGAAGAGGACGAUGGCGAGGAGGAGGAGGACGACGAAGGAGGAGCGAUUCCCGGAACGAGCCAGCUGGUGCUGCCCGGUACGGUGGAGCUGUCCGAGUCGACGGCACUGUUGGCCGCCAGUGAGGGCUUUAUCGACGAAACGGACAUCAUCAGUCAGGAUUUGGACGACGAUGAUGACGAGGAAGGUGGUGCUGGGUCUGGAGGUGGGAUGCAGUUGGUGAAGCUGAAGAUUGCCAACCCCAACGGAAAGGAUGGCAUCGCGUGGGUGAAUUUGGUUUCUCAGUGAGAAACGUGGAAUGUGAAAAAGUGAAUUUCAAAUGUGUUUGGAACAAAUUCCAAAGAAAGCAUUAUAUUUUUAGUAGGAUAAUUAGGCGAAACAAUACAAUAAAAUAGCUUACAUUUCA